AUGCCGUGCAGGCAUUGGGUGUUAGCGCCGCUCGUAGCGCUUGGUGCCCUCUUUUCUACCGUCUUCGCUCAAGAGCCUGAUACCAGGCCGCAUUCGAAUCACUCGACGUUUGUCAACUCCGAUGGCGCGAUAGCUUUCGCAUUUGCUAUACCCGACGACAACCCCAACCAGUUCUGGUUCACGUUGCGCGUCCAUCGAAGCCAUGCCUGGGGUGCCGUCGGGCUCGGGUCGGAGGACAUGCCGGGCGCCUUGUACCUCAUGGUCUACGACAACCGGGACCAGUCGAACACGACCUUCUCCCCACGCGUUGCCUAUGGCUACUACGAGCCCGAGUACUACCGCGAUUUCGAAUACGAGCUGCUAGAGGGCACAGGCAUAUACGACGACCACAUGGUGGUGAUGGGCAAGUGCUUGCGGAACUGCUUCACAUGGCCCGCCAAAGGAACGGAAGGCGGGCGCAUCAACGUCAACUCAGGUCGCGAAAAGGGCAUAUAUGGUCUGGGUCCAUUGGAGGGUUUCACGAGCAACCGGCUGGACGACAGCCUCAAGUUCCACGUGCAGUAUGGGUCAUUCUAUAUGGAUAUGUCGAGAGCACAUGGCGCAACGAGGGCGCCGGUGCUGACGGACGAUUCAAGGAGUGAAGGUGCAAUCCUGCACCAAAAAUACGUCCGCAAAGCGGAUAUCAUGUCCACCAUGCACGCUGUGGCUAUGAUCUUGGCUAUAGUGCUUCUGAUGCCCUUGGGUAUGGUCAUGCUACGGCUGGGGAGCAUGGUCAAGAUGCACGCCAUUAACCAGACCAUCGCCUUGGUAUUCGUGCUCAUUGGUUUUGGCGUCGGCAUUGCCACAAGUUAUAGAUACCAACGGUCUCAGGAAUUCACAAGCUACCACCAGAUCAUUGGGUUCUUCGUCGUUUUCAUGCUGAUAGGUCAGUUCAUCAUGGGUGUUUUAAACCAUCGUCAUUAUCGGCGGACGCACUUGCUGUCCAUCUAUGGCAAAAUCCAUCCUUGGCUCGGACGGGUCGUCAUCUUGCUUGGCAUCAUGAACGGCUUCUUUGGCUUCACAUUUGCGCUCAACCGUCGAUACGGUAUCAUACUCGGCGCUUUGAUCAUCGCCAUGUGUCUUGCGACACUCAUCACGAUGAUUGGUCGCCAUUGCCUCGAAGCCCGUCGGCAUCGAAAUAAUGCGCGCCUGCGCCAUCACCCUCCUGUCGGAUCACCUGGCGAGCAACGUGGUGCUUGGCCACAGGCCCCGUACGGCCCCCCAGGAUACAGCAAUGGCUACGGCUUUCCCAACAAUGGCCCCCAGCCUGCUCCGCCUAGGGGCGUCGUGUUCCCACAGCGCUUUGAUACACCAAGUCAGAGUAUUGGCCUACGAGAUGUAGCGUCGAAUGUGAGGCGAAUUCAGCCCCCUCAGAGUCCGUCACAGGAGCCAGGCCAGGAUCGGCCGCAGAUGGCACGACGAGGCAGCUCGCAGCAGGCGCCGGAAGCUCCUCGCGAGCUCUUAUGA